UGGCAUAUUGCUGCACUUCUAAAGCUCAAUGGCAUAUUCUUACUAGAUUUUGCUUGAACUUCACAAGUAUCCUGUUAGACUUUUCAUAUUAUAAUUGAGAAGAUUAAUUAUUUUUGAAAACGUUUGUCUUUUCCAGCAGCUGCCCAACCAAGCAAGCUGAUGAAAAACAGACUGUCGUCAUUCCAGCCCAACAUGCUUCUCCGCUCCGGAUCUCUGGAUAGGAUAAGACAGUUUCCGUCCUACCUCUGUCGCCGGGGGUCCGGAGGCCAACUAGUCACCUGGAUCUACAAUUCAAGAACUGUUUUCACUCAAGCUCUGUCUUUCACUCAUGAACAGUUGAGAUCGCUGAUGUUGGUUGUGUCUGUGUACCUGAUGGUGGGUCUAGUGGCGUUGCAACUGGCUGCUGCUAUGUUCGUCCUCUCCGUUGUUUCAACCAGCCUCCCUAACGGCAUGAUCUUCCUUCUCGCUUGCAUCCUUAUCACCUCCUUCAUCGGCUUCAAAACGAUACCAACCGAUACCAAACUAGAGAAAAGGCAAUAGCUUUAAUUUUUUUGUCAUUGUUGAGUGAAUUCCAAACUGCAUUUGAAUCUACGGUUCAUCACAAAAAAACUUAUUUGUCAACAUUUUUCUAUGCUUAUCAACAUUACUUUUUCAAGCUCGUUGCCUGAAACUGAUUACUCGAAUACAUCUUGUGAAAUUAUUAUUGUGAAAGAGUUAUCAUCGAUAUGUCGAUCAAUGAACCAUAAACGCGGAUCAUUUCAUCCCAAAGAUAAUGAGUUAUAUUUACAUAAAUUUUGUUGAAUCAUGUUUCAACAUCAUGCUUUUGAUUAUUGGGCAUAGCUGCAACGAUAAAGCUUCAAUUUUUCUUCAUAAUUACCUCAAUUCAAAGAUGAUUUAUUCAUACAAUGGAACAGUUAUAAAUUUUCCUCUCUCUAUCAGUAGGCGACAAUGAUUAAGACUGAUUGUUGAACUAUGACUCCAGAUAAAAUAUAAAUUGAAUCCAAUGUUACUUGAAAGUGUUUUUUCGAAGCGAAAUUAGGAAUAAACAUUGUACAUUGCCCAAUAAAUGGUGAUACUAAUGAAUCGGGACUUGAAAUGCAGUUUGACUUUCACUUUUGUUCAUAUUACUGUUAAUGUUAUAUAUUUUCUUAUUUUAUAAUGUAGAUAGAACCUUCCCUGUAUUUAUCAUUUAGUCUUCCUCAUGUCAUCUAGGUUUCGUUUGUAUAUUUUUCAAUUCAUAAUUCUAUGAAAUACUUCAACAUUUCGAAUCUUCAUUAGCUUCUAUGAAAACUUCCUUCCUUAUGAUUAUAAUUUCUAUUUUUAUAUCUUCUAUAUUUACUGAAUUUUCAAUGCCUACCCAAAACAUGAACUCAUUCUAUUACUAGGAGUCUAUAUUGAUUGUAAAUAAAUAUCUUUUAGCCACUCAAAUAAGUCAUACUAUGCAAUAGUAGUUUUUGUUCAUAAGUUAUCACUAAUACUUCAUUUUCGAGUUUUUAGUGCCCACAAUCAAGCUGUUCCAAUUUCCUAAGAAAUAACUUUUUUAUCGAUAUUCUUCUAAUCUGUCCUUCCAUUCACAUGCAGAGUUAUUGUUUCUCCUGUUGUACUGUUUUUCAAUUUUCAUUUCAUCAUAUAAGGACUUCCUGAAAACCAGACGAAAAAUUGAAAAUGAGACAAAAAAUUGUAAAUACCACUUAUACAAUUUUCUACUAUUACAUAAAACUACAAGAAAAAUUGAAAAAAAAAAAAUUAGGAAAAAAAAUUGUAACGACCAAAGAGAAUAUAAUAGUCUUUGAUAGGCUUGGCCCACAAUCAUUUGAUUCGGAAAUCAUCUUCAUCCAUCACAACUUAUUCUAUUUUUUAAUCCAGUCUAUUGAAUAUUUAAAAACUAAAAUUCUUCAUUUUAUUAGUCUGACUGAUCUAGAGAAUUUAUCAGUUAGCUUUAAGUUCACUAGGCUUUCUUAAAUUCAUCUUAAUAAUAUUAUUUCCCAUUUCUAACAUUAUUUUCUGUCUGGUUGCUUCAAAGAUUCCAUAUUGCCUCAUUAUUUGUCUAUUUACUACAUACACUAAUGAAUCUUCUUUAGUAAUGAGAAAAUUUUUCCUGUAAAAACUUAUAUCCGUUUUUACAUAUCAAAUCCACAUAUUUGAACAAAAAAUGCAACAAAAUUAUUUUAAUUUAUCUUGUUACCACUCUCGCAUAUAAAUUGGCUUAAAAAUGUAAGGUAAUGUUUAAAAGUAAAUUUUCUGGAGUUAGAAUCUGUAGAAUAUACAAAGUUAUUGCCCUUAUUGGUAUUUGUAAUUGGUUUCUCAAUUCAAUUUGACAAUCUUAUUGAAUAAAUAGUUCCUGUUUACUUUAUUCUUUGUCUGUCUACUAAUCAAUCGAACUAAAAAUAGCAGACUGAUGAAUAUACAAAGAGAUUGGAUGUUGAACUUGAAUUCUAACAUAUUUCCAUUGGCAUUUAUGUCAUUAUUAUGUGACUUCAUCUCUUAUCCUAAUGUUAUUGGGAAGUAUUUGUUUUCUCAACUGAAAAUUCGAAACAAUUUCAAUUGUUUCAUUAGAAAAAAUUAGCUUUGAUGUUCUCUUCAAAGUUCAUUUUUAGAAUGCAACCCAUACUAUAGUAGUCAAUAAAAGAUCAGUAGCAGCGUACAUAAAUUUGUUGAGACGUAGUAUUGAGUUUUUUAAAUAAUUGUAACUCAGAUUUCCUAUAGGUCUAUUGCUUUCUCCAUUUUUGCUAUAUAUAUUUAAUUGACUUUUGCAAUAUAUAUUUGUCCCAAGUUCUUAGGCUGUCCUAUAAAUUAUUCAAGAUGUAGUGAAUUCUUGCGAUUGGAUACAAUUUCCAAUUGAAAUUGAGAUACCAUAGCAAUUUUUCUUCUGAUCCCAAGGUGCUGAACUUAUCUGUGCAAUAACCCUAUUUGAAAGGAACAGAGAACAUUCAUUCAAUUGAAGAAUAGCUCUGAUCAUUCAAUAAGAAUAUUAAUUUGGUACUUCCCUUCGUAGAAUUGUAGUUGGUCAAGUACUUUCUAUUUAGUUAUUUAUAUUUUGUAAUUUUGUAAUAGAGAUCAUUACCAUCAUAAUUUAUUAUUUAUAAUGUUCUUUGGUGCCUGUUUUUCAAGACUGAAUGUAUAUUUUGUAAGAAAAAUCAAUAAAUUGUUUUCAUAUACAUGUGUGUGUAUAUAUAGGCA